GCCUUUACAACACGACUCAUUGGACUCAGAUAAUGAUGACGAUGACAGUGGGGAUAAUUACGGUUAUGAUAAUGGGGAUCGAGGACACGAGGGAUGCGUCUAUUUUACCUCACCGUAUUCCUCCUCGCCACAUCUUCCCUCCGGCAUGUCCGUGGAGGGGAGGGGGGGCACGUGGCGGCAACAUAUGGUGGAGACGGUGUUGACAGUGGUCGUGAAGGACAUCAAUGACAACGCUCCACGCUUCCCUAACACGACAAUCUACGGACAGGUGGAGGAGAACGGGGCUGCCAACUUGUCCGUGGCGAUGGUAGCGGCUUACGAUGCUGACGACGCCUCUGAGGGCACUAACGCCAAACUCACUUACGCUAUUGAGAAAAACGUAAUCGAGGAGCGCUCUGGAGAGGCCAUCUUUGUCGUGCAUCAGGAGACAGGCCUCGUGCGCACUGCCCUCUGUUGCCUCGAUCGGGAAGCAGCGCCUGAGUACCAUAUCCAAGUGGUUGCUGCCGACGGGGGUGGACAGAAAGGCACAUGUACUGUUAUCAUACGCGUGUCUGACAUCGAUGACAACCCGCCUCGUCUGGCCAGGAAGAGAUGGGACCUGACUGUACAGGAGACGUGGGGCAACUCGGGAACAGCGAACACCACACUGCUGGAGAUUGCCGCCUCGGACAGGGACGCCGCCAGCUACUUCUAUUACAGGGUAUUGGCGGGAAGCGGGCGUGGGUGGCAGCUGUUUACGGUGAGGACGGUGGGCGCGGUGGGGCAGCUUUACGCAACCGAGCCACUAGACUACGAGGACGAGACACACCGGCAAGGCUUCAAGUUCACGGUGCAGGUGACGGACGGGGGUCCUGGCGCCUGGAAAGACCCGAACCACAUGGACUCUGCCUGGAUCUCAGUAAAACUCCUGGACGUAAAUGACAACCCGCCGCUCUUCGCUCGCCCGCACGCCCACAUCACGAUCAGGGAGGACGCCCAGCCCGGAACUCUCCUGGCCUCGCUCCCCGCUCACGACCCUGACAUGGGCGGCGAGGAAGGCGUGGACUACCUGAUGAUGGGCGGCUGGGGGGCGCUGCGGGUGGACGAGGCUGGGGACAUUACGCUGUGGAGGGCGCUGGACCGUGAGAUUCCUGGGGGCGCCGCGGGGGAGGCCCUGGUAGUGGCGGUGGACAGAGGCCGCCCUCCCCUCACCGCCACAGCCACCCUCACCCUCACUGUGACGGACGUGAACGACUGCGCGCCUACCCUGCUGCCGCCCACUGUCUUCCACGUGGCCGAGGACGCCCCGCCAACGCUGCUCGGACUCCUGAAGGCGACGGAUGCUGACGUUUGGGAGCUGGGUCACGGGCCGCCCUUCAGCUUCACCCUCGCGCCCUCCAACCCCGCCCACAUCUUGUCCUCCAUCGCACUCAAAUUUGACCCUGAUGUGGACAGUGGGCGCGGGGGUGCCGAGCUGUGGACCACGGGCGGCCUGGACCGGGAGGCCUGGCCGGAGCUUGAGGUGGGCGUGGAACUGGGUGACGCGGGGGGAGUGACCGCCACCCACACCCUCACCGUGAUCGUGGACGACACCAACGACCACCCGAUGAAGCCCGCGACCAAAACGGUGUUUCUGUGGAAGACCCGGGGCGGGGGCUCAGAAGCGCCUCUAGGCCGAGUGUACGUGAACGACCCUGACGACUGGGAUGCUGGGGACAAGUCUUACGCGUGGGACGGUCCGCCGCACCCUCUGUUCUCCCUGGACCCGCGCCACGGCACUGUCUUCGCCUCCAGCGUGGUGAGGGAGGGGAGGUACGAUCUCCACUUUCGCGUGAGUGACCGGACGUGGCGGCAACGAGGAGUGGCUGCCAACGUGACGGUGAUGGUAAGACUCCUGGCCCCCGCUGCCCUGGCACGCGCAGCCCCCCUCUCGCUGUUCCCCACCACGCCCGCACGCCUCGCCCGCGGUUGGACUCCACAGGGAGGCGGUGGGAGGCUUGGCAUACUCCUGGACGAGGUACUGAAGGUGGUGGGGGGAAGCUCCUCCCACAAGGUUGAGGUGGUGUCACUGUAUGAUGGCACGCUGUCGCACCCUCGACGCCAGCGGCCAGAACCCAGCCACGAUGACAGCCACCAGCACCCAGACACUGAUCGUUACCGCCACAGUCCGCCACACUCCACUAGAGCCACUGUUGCCUCAGCUGACGGAAGUGAAGGAAAAGGAAGCGAAGAGGAGAGUGCCCGGUUGCCUCCGCCUCCUCCGUCAGCCUGCGUGUGGUUGAGUGUGGUGGGUCCAGGAGGAGUAUUCAUGGAUCCAACGAAGCUUCUGGGUCUGCUGGGGCUUCACUUACGACAGCUGGAGGAGGCCACCAAAUUGCGGGUGCAUCUUGGCUCUCCCGAAGAGGCUGGAGAGCGACUAGAUGGUACUCACUCUUCCAGCCUGCGGGACUCUCAGCCUGGCGACCCGUCCUCCGCGGCCUCCCUCGCCUCUACCUCUCUCCCUCUCCAGGUCGUGGACACCAACGUCACCUCCCUGGUCACGCCGCGCCUCUCCCGCGCCCCCUCCUGCCGUGCCCAGGAGCCGGAGACCUGCACACCCUCCUCCUGCCUGAAUGGCGGCCGCUGCCUCCCCACCCCUGCCGGCAACAGGUGUGUGUGUCCGGGGGGAUCCAAGGGAUGGCGCUGCAAGGUGUUGGCGCGCACCUUCCUUGGCUCUGGGUGGGCGUGGGUGCCGCCGCUGCCUCGCUGCCUCCCCACCACUAUCUCCAUGCGAGUCCUCACCCGCCACCCGCAAGGCCUCUUGCUCUACGCCGGCCCCAUGGCACCCUCGCAACGACCACACCACAAUGUCCCCACACCCAUGCUCGCCUUACAGAUGAAGCACGGCCGCCCACAACUGUUGCUGGAGGGUAGCCUGGAGCCCAUUAAGCUGGAGGUGAACAUGACUUUGCACGAUGGGGAGUGGCACAACCUCCACCUGCGCCUCGAUACCCAGGGCGUGGCUCUCAUGGUGGACCGGUGCGGGCGUGAGUGGCAGAGCACCGGCCCGUCUCACUGCCUGGCGUGGGCGAAGUGGGGCAGUCCUUGGGUGCUGGAGUCGUGGCCGAGCCUGGGACCCCUGCAGGUAGGUGGGAUGGCCCACUCUCCGCCCAUGGCCGAGCAGCACGGAUGGUGGGAGCCACCGAUCGCGCGCCCGCUGCACGGCUGCCUAUCACACCUCACAUUCAACGGACAGAUGGCGGACCUCGGGGAGCCCGCCUCCAGUGGGGGCAGCGCACCAGGCUGCCGCCCUCAGGAGGCAGCGUGUCCAGGAGGCAUGGGUGGCUGCGGGUACCGAGGGGAGUGUGUGGGCGGCCUGAACCAUCCAGAGUGUGAGUGUGAGCCGGGAUGGGCGGGGACCAAAUGCUCCACACUUUCGCCACCUGCUUUCCUUGGCCGUGGUUCCUACGUGAGGGUGGCUCUUUCCUUUGCGCCGCCCACCGCCGUGCCCAGGCUGCAGGUGCGGCUGCGGGUGCCGCACGCAACGUCAGGAAUGCUGGUGCGCCUCGCGACAAGGCACCGCGCGGCCGUCUUCACCCUGCACUUGCGAUCUGGUAUCGUCUGCGCCUCCCUAACUGGCGCAGGCGUGGGAGUGCGUGAGGCGUGCGUGGAGGGCCGCGGAGUAGGGGACGGCCUGUGGCAUACUAUCAGUGCGGAACAGCAUGGUGACAACCUAGUGGCGAGUGUGGACGACGGCGACGGCUGGCGACGCAACGAGAGUCUGGCGUCGCUGCUGCUGGGAGAGGCGCGGCAGGGACUAAGUAAGGCCAGGAGGGUCACGUCGCCAAAGGUCCUCCAGAUGAGCAGACUGGAGGGCGUCACUGUUGGAGGCGUACCGCGCUUGACUGGAGGGAAGCUGGCGGCAGUAACUGAAGACCUUUCAGGAGCGUGUAUCGCCGACGUGCGCGUGUCCGGCCGCCACCUGCCUUUGCCCCCCGCGGCCAACGGCACCAGCUGGGGCCAAGUAACAGCCGCGAGACACGUGAUGCGAGGUUGCGAGGCGCCUGAUACCUGUGCCAACACCACCUGUGCUCCUCCGUUCACCUGCACAACUGCAAUCACCUGGGAUCGGGCCAUCUGCAGCUGCGGGACAGGGCGGCGGCUGGUGGGACGCCACUGCGAGGAUGUGGACGAGUGCUUGUGGCAACCGUGUCUUCACGGCGGCACAUGUGUCAACCAGCGGCCAGGCUACUUGUGUCUGUGCGGCCCAGCCCACGCAGGGGACCACUGUCAGUGGGGCACACACGUCCCUAAUCCCUCCGCUCUCGCCGCCCCAGCCACACUCGCCGGCAUCGCCGCGACCCUCGUGGUUCUGCUGGUUCUCACCCUCGUCCUCUCCCUUCGCUUACACCGUCGCCGUGGAAGCCUCUGUCAUAAGGAUCGCUCGAGAACGAAAGUGGAGAGUCCAGAAGAGACUCAGGUAGAGGAGAAGGGAGGAGGACAAGGACAAGGAAAUAAUCUUGGAGAAGGAAGAGGGAAAAAAAGGAAAAGCAUCCUCUCUAAGAACACGAGCCAACUAACACUGUUGGGGUGUCUUCGCCGGAAGCUGCCGACGACCACCGGCAAGACGCCUCAGUCAGUGCUGCAGGAGCGAGAGGAACACUCGGUCGGAAGAAAAGCUUCAGGAAGCGGCGGAGGGAACGCGUCGCCAGGCGCCAAAGCCACGGGAGCCCACACCAGGGACCCCACGCCUGACCUGUCCCGCGAUGACCUGCGGGCCUACGCCUACGAGGGGGAUGGCUCUUCCUCGGGUUCCUUGACCUCAACUAUAUCAGGUCAGUCGAGGGCAGAGCUGAAGCAGGAGAUCAAUGCCCGGGGCAGCGUGGAGGCGGAGGGCGGCGGGACCUCCACGCCGCGGCUCGUGCCGGGAUUCCUGGAGGUCGUGGACUUGUUGAGAAACCUGCCCGAAGCGCCAGGCAGGCCCUCUCCCCGCCCAAAGUCUCGCAGGAAGCUUCCGGAAGAAGCUACGAUUCCUCCUUCUCCUCCCCCUCCAGCUCCUCCUCCUCCGCCACCUCCUCCUCCACCUGUUCCAUCGCCGUCGAGGACAGCAGAAGCAACACCAGCGCCCUCUAAGGGGACAGAAGCAGCUGUCAACUGCUGACGUAGUGUUGUGACUGAAUGCUGCGGGAAAACUAAGGUGUGCUGUUGUUGCUGCUGCCGUGAAGCUGCCGUCACCGUCAUUGCCCCCGCCGCCGCCGCCGCCGCUGCUGCUGCUGCUGCUGCUGCUGCUGCUUAAACUUCCAUCUGUUCUAAGUCUUGCCAUUUUCACUCCCCACUUCUCUUCUCGUUACUCCCCUGUUCUUUCUUUUCGUGUUUUCUUCUUUUUCUUUUCUUCUUCUUCUUUUUUCUUCUUUUUUCUUCUUCUUCUUCUUCUUCUUCUUCUUUUUUCUCCUUCUUCUUCUUCUUCUUCUUCUUCUUCUUCGUCUUCUUCUUCUUCUUUUCUUCUUCUUCUUCUUCUUCUUUUCACCUCUUCCUUCUCCUGUUCUUCUCUUUCUUUCUUAUAUUUAUAUCCUUUUUAUAAUAUUCAUUUUG